UGUUCUGGUGUGUUGGCUGGAGUCUGGACAAUGUCAUCAGGGUGUGAAGGCGGGUGGCCAGGUUACCCUUACUGCGGCUACCCUGCGCCGCCGCAGCCGCCACCACCACCACCACCACCGCCGCAAUGGCCCGCACAUCCCCAUCACCACCACCAUCACUACCACCAUCACACUCCAGACUUCUGUGGAGCGCAGAACGCACCAGCGCCGCCAUGUCCACCUCUAGUCACCUACGCUGACGGCAGCGUCCUGCCGCCGUGUCCGCCGCACUACUGGGACGGCGACGAACUUAUCGACUCUUACGGUCGCGUUGUGCGUCGGAAGACGUCAGCCAACAAGAAGGAACGUCGUCGAACUCAGAGUAUCAACAACGCAUUCGCUGAGCUGCGCGAGUGUAUCCCUAACGUUCCUGCAGACACUAAACUCUCCAAGAUUAAGACUCUGCGUCUGGCAACCUCCUACAUCGCCUACCUCAUGGAGGUUCUUCAUGCUGAAGACUCCCACCCUGCACCUCCACCACCCCAACCCUUCCGCGCCGACCUGCCGCCCAGACCUAGGGCCAACCCUGCCGCCCACGACGACAAGGACGACAGUGAUAUGGACACUGAACCUGCCACUCCAGGUGAGAGAAGUCGUGAGGUAGCUGCCCACUCCACCUCCACAACCUCUACCGUCGUCGCCUUCACCGCAUCUUCCUCCUCUUCCUCCUCCUCCUCCACCAACACCUCUGUUUCGGACGGCGCUACCAUGGAGAAGCGCCGAGGAAGAACUGGCUGGCCAGAAACAGUGUGGGCCCAAGAACUGAAACACUGAAUUACCUUCAGUUGCAACUCAUCAAUGGCAACAAGUGAAGUACCAGUAUGGUUAUGGCUCAGGAAGGAAGCACUUGAGACUGUUAACGAGCAAGACACCACUUAGGCAUCAUUACAGACAAAACUGAUGAAGCCUCCUGAGCAGGCGAAACGUUUCAUCAGUAAAGAUGCCUAAGUGUUGCACAUGUCUUUAACUCGUCAAUUUUUCGGUAUUACAUAUAUUUCCAUCGUAAGAUUCUUCUUUGAGCUUAAGUGAAAAUGCUGAUGACACACGUGGACUAUUUUGAUUCAUGCACAGAGAAUAGUGGAGGCAAGAACAGUGCAUGAGAACCUUUGUUAUGUAUUAAUAAUAUACUUCCCUUUGCUUAAGAUUAAGCUCUUAUAAGCUCUAGAUGAGUUAGAGGACGCUUGAAGAAAAGUGAAGUAAUGAACAGCCAGUAUUACGCUAGAUGGUCUCCGAGAUGCUGUGUUAGUUUGCUGAGUUGUUGCUGUGGCUAAAUGAGAGUGAGAGACAGACAGACAGACUGAGAAAAAGAAAAAGAAAAAAUGAAAUGAAGGAGCAUGAGAUCGAGUGCAUACACACACACACACACACACACACACACACACACACACACACACAUAUAUAUAUAUGUCGUGCCGAAUAGGCAGAACUUGCGAUCUUGGCUUAAAUAGCAACGCUCAUCUUGCCAUAUAAGACAAGCGAAAAUUUGUGUAUGCAAUAAUUUCGCCAAAAUCAUUCUUAACCUAACGAAAAAAAAUAUAUUUCACUGUGUUUGUUUAGUAUUAAAUUAUUGUAAACAAAUCUAACAUAUAUUUAGUUGGGUUAGGCUAAAAUAAAUUGUUCUUGUUAUAAUAAGGUUAGGUAAGUUUUCUAAGAUUCUUUUGGUGAAAAAUUAAAAUUUUUUACAUCAACUUUAAUGAAAAAAAUAUAUCUAUAAACGUAUAAGAGAAAAUUUUAGAAACGGCUUAAUUUUAAAUGAGUUCUUGCUAAUUGACCAGUUUUACA